AAAAAGAAAUUUCAGACAGACAGACAGACAAUAACAGAAACACAAAUACAGACAGACAGACAGACACAAAAAAUACCAUCAACAAAAAAGAAAGAAAAAGAAAAACUGAACACAGCAAAACAAGUCAGUACCCAAAAACAACACGGUAAUCAAAUUAAUUACUUUAUUUGUUAAUUAGUGUUAUCAAUUGAACAGGGUUUACCGCUUUAGAAAGUUCUAUCUAUUCCGUAUAUAUAUAGUUCGGAUCCACCACCUUCCAUUCUUUGUUUAGAUCACUUUUUAAUUUCCACCUUUGUUGUCUUGAUCGAUCAUCAUCAUCAGCAUCGCCCCAACCUCCCAGUUUGCCACUUCCUCCACUCCCCAUUGAUACCUCAGAACUACCCCCAUCCUCACUAAUACACAUAUAGACGACCAUGACUUCCGUAACAGAAGAAGAAAUCUUAGCAUCCUAUCCUCAAAUUAACGCUCCAACCGAACAAACUGGUUAUACUUGUAAUUUAACCGAUGAGCAAAAGACAACUUUGGCUCAUUUAAAAGUUUCUUUGGAAGCAAUGGGUUAUACUGAUAGAUUAGAUGAAGCUACUUUAUUAAGAUUCUUAAGAGCAAGAAAAUUCGAUUUAUUUAAAGCUCAAGAAAUGUUUGUUAAUUGUGAAAAAUGGAGAAAAGAAUUUGGUGUUAAUGAUAUUUUAACUACUUUCCAUUAUGAUGAAAAACCUUUGGUUGCAAGUUUAUAUCCUCAAUAUUAUCAUAAAACUGAUAAAGAUGGUAGACCUGUUUAUUAUGAAGAAUUAGGUAAAGUUGAUUUAACUAAAAUGUUAACCAUUACUACUCAAGAAAGAAUGUUAAAAAAUUUGGCUUGGGAAUAUGAAUCAAUGACUCGUUAUAGAUUACCUGCUUGUUCAAGAAAAUCAGGUUAUUUAGUUGAAACUUCUUGUACUAUUAUGGAUUUAAAAGGUAUUACUAUUUCAGCUAUAUCUCAAGUUUCGGCUUAUGUUAGAGAAGCUUCUGUUAUUGGUCAAAAUUAUUAUCCUGAAAGAAUGGGUAAAUUUUAUCUUAUUAAUGCACCAUUUGGAUUUGCAACUGCAUUCAGAUUAUUUAAACCAUUUUUAGAUCCUGUUACUGUGGCUAAAAUUAGUAUUUUAGGUAGUUCAUAUUCAAAAGAAUUAUUAAAACAAAUUCCACCAAAUAAUUUACCAACUAAAUUUGGAGGUCAAUCAGAAGCUACUGAUGAAGAAUUAUACUUAAAUGAUGUUGGUCCAUGGAGAGAAGCUAAAUAUAUAGGUCCAGAAGGUGAAGCUCCAAGAGUUUUUAAAACUAAUUAAAUUUCAAAGUUUUUCGACUUUCAAUGUCAUUAAUUUCAUCUCUUUAAUCAAAUUCAUGCUAAUCUUAUCUAAUAUAUAUUUAUCAAACUAAAAUCAAAAAUCAAAUGAAAUCAUAUGAAAGCAAUAUGUAUACAUUAAUUAAUUAUUCAAUUUAGCAAUAAAAAAAAGUCAUUUGAAAGUUAAUUCUAGGUUGCUAUGACUUUUAAUUUGAUUCAAUUUCAGUUUGCCGGCUUUUAUAUAAAUUAUACACUAUUAUAUCUACUUUUUUUUUCGGU